AUGGAACUCACAAUGGAGAACCUUGGCAACAUUCACGGUAUCUCCUCGCACUCACAGGGGGGAGAUCUCAUGAGCUCCUCGCACGCGCGACCACCGCCGUCCUCCUCUCACCGGAACCUGGUCCCGCACGGCCACGGCGCGCGGUCAGCGAUGGUUUCCAGCAUGGCUUCGAUUUUAGAGGGCUCGGGAGGGGACUACCGAACAGACCCUUCGCUGUCCGGUCACCUGCACCCGGCUAUCAGUAUGUGUGAGUCCAGUAUGGGUCUGAGCAACACGUAUACUACACUCACUCCUCUCCAACACCUACCUCCUAUAUCCACGGUUUCCGACAAGUUCCAUCACCCACACCCACACUCCCACCACCAUGCAGCCGCCCACCAGCGGCUAUCUGCGGGGAACGUCAGCGGCAGCUUCACGUUGAUGAGGGACGACCACCGUGGGCUUGCGUCCAUGGGCAAUCUCUACGGUCAUUACCCCAAAGAGAUGUCCGUGUCCGGGAUGGGCCAUGGCUCCCUCUCCCCGCUCUCCAACGGCCUCGGUUCUUUGCACAACUCCCAGCAGUCGCUGUCGGCGUACGGUCCCAACCCUCACCUCUCCAGCGACGCCAAGAUGCUCUCUCCGGUGUCCGGGUUCGAGUCCCACGCCUCCAUGUUGUCUAGAAGUGACCAGGAACACCUGGCCAGGAGUUUGGGAGGCCACGGCCACGGCAUGAUCUCCAACCUCAACGGGAUGCAUCACCACCCGCACAGCCACCUCCACUCCCAGUCCAACGGAGCGGUGAUGCUGGGAGACCGGGAGAGGCACGGCCACGGGGCCGGUCAAGGAGGGGGAAAUGGGGUCCAGGCGGAGGAGAUCAACACGAAGGAAGUAGCUCAGAGGAUAACGGCUGAACUGAAGCGCUACUCGAUUCCCCAGGCGAUAUUUGCCCAGAGAAUCUUGUGCCGGUCCCAAGGAACCCUCUCGGACCUGCUACGGAACCCCAAGCCCUGGAGUAAACUGAAGUCCGGCCGGGAGACCUUCCGGAGAAUGUGGAAGUGGCUUCAAGAACCGGAGUUUCAACGGAUGUCUGCUCUCCGCCUGGCGGCAUGUAAACGGAAGGAACAUACCAAGGGACGGGAGAGAAACAUGCUUCCCAAGAAACAGCGAUUGGUCUUUACCGACCUGCAGCGCCGCACACUGGCCGCAAUCUUUCGGGAAAACCGGCGACCCUCCAAAGAGAUGCAGAUCACCAUCUCCCAGCAGCUGGGUCUCGAGCUCUCCACGGUCUCCAACUUUUUCAUGAACGCUCGCCGCCGCUGCCACGACCGCUGGGGCCCCGAAGGUGCCUCUUCCCCAGCACAACCGGGAACCUCAUCCUCGUCAACCAUCUUCUCCAAGGCCUAA